AUGAGUUGGUUUUGGGGAAACUCCAGUCAGAAUGAUCCGACGAAGAAGCUCGAUCCAGAGCUGCGGCAAUUCCUAGAGCAAGAGACGACCAAAUAUUCUCCUACGAAUACAGUCCGACCGUCAAAAGAGACUCCACCACCAGCUGAAUCGCAAAAGUCCUCCCAGUCAGCCCCUGCUUCGGAUGCCGCUGACUCCUCCAAACCGACCGUUCCAUCCGCAUCGCUCUUUCCGGACGGUCGGUACGCUCACCUCUGGAAAACCUAUAAGCCUUUAGAAGAGAUCGAGGGUACGGAAGUCCGGUCAGCGGAGAGAGUGGUCGAGAAGUUUAAGCAGCGCAAGGAUGCGGUGCACCAUGCAGCGAUGGAGAACUGCGCCCUCGAACAUGAGGCCUUGAGCUUGUGCUUUCAAAAAAGCGACUGGUGGAGCAUGGUGCGGGCGCGCGCGACGAUGUGUGCUGAGGAGAACAGAAAGUUCUCUCGGUGCUAUACAACUCAAGCUAAAUUCCUUCAGGCACUCGGGUACGCCGCCUCGUUCGACUGGGAUGAAGAGAGGGAGGAACGGAUCCAGAUGCACGCCGACAAAUUGUACCAUCAGAUGCUGGAUUUCGAGCGACGAGUUGAGGAGGCGCGUGCGGCCGGAGUCGAGCCACCACCGAUCACUUCUCUCUUCAACCCGGAUGCUAAACCCAUUCCGCAGAAUGACUCCAACACUCGACCAGGAGAACUUGUGAUACCAGGAGGCGAGCAGCUCCCCCCUGGCUCCAAACCCUCCAAACCGUUGGAAGAGCUCACGCCACACGAGCGCGAGCUGGAGAUCCGGUCCAUCAAGGCCGAGAUGGAGCAGCAGAAGAGGUAUGCGGAAGAGGCUUCACCGUAUCUGAAGAAGCAGGAGGAAGCACGAUUGAAGAGGCAAGAAAAAGCGAUCAAGUGGUUUGGAGAGACUAUCGGAAAAUGGAUCACCUAG